AUGGACGUCGACGGCGCGGCCCCGCCCGCAGAUGCGGCGCCCUCUGCAGCGUCUCCAGACCCUUCUCCACCUCCCGCCACCUCCGAAGCAGCCGCAGCUCCAACCGCGCCGCCCCCAGCCCAGGAAGGCGCCGAGAAGCUCAGCAAUGGAGCCCCCAGCUCUAAUGGCACCCUUCCAGCAACCGUAGAGGACGCGGACAAGGCCCCAGCGCCGCUCAAGCCGAAGCCGAAGCCCAAGAUCCGCGCUCCGCCCAGGAGACUGCGCAGUGGCAGCGGGAGCGGCAGCAACACGAGCUCCAGCGGCGUCCGACGUGAGUCUGGAGCCCCUCGCCCCGCCAGCGCCAACAUGGGCAUCGUCGUGGGCACCCUCAGACGCAGGAACAGGGUGACGCUGCGCACCAGCUCGCUGUCUGAUGAAGAGGCUGAUGACGUGGUCACUGCGCCGCCCCGCAGUACAGCGGGGCUGGCCCCGAGACGCACCAAGAAGCAGCCGAGUCUGCGCAACAUGGCGUCGCUCGUGCGCUCGCAUCUGCGCAGCUCCAGGAGUCUGGCAUCGCUCAGCAGUGGAGCAGGUGGCAGUGCUGGAGACGCUGACGCCGACGCAGACAAGAGGCCGACGCUGGAUCGCAGCAACUCGUCGUUCGCGGGCGUCGCUCAGCAAGUGGUGACGUCGAGGCGCGCGGCCAGGGGAUUCCUGUCCAUGUGGACGAAGGACUCGACCGAGACCAUGUACAUCUACCGCGGUAUCCACAUGGAGAAGAAGAAGCUGGACCUGGUGAGCGUCGCGUCCGAGUACAAGGAGAUCAAGCGCCGGCAGUUCUACCAGGAACUCGUCGUGUACUUUGUGUUCCUCUUGGUGCUGUUUUCGCUGCUGUCCUGGCUGCCGGUGGAGGAGAGUUUCCAUCAGAAUGAUGUGGUGGGAGCGCUCACUUGUCGGGAGGAGGGCAAGUGUGAGAUCAAGACCUUCGCAGACAUCUACGAGUUCGCUGGCAAGCUGCGAGAAACGGUGUGCGACCGAGAAGACGUUACUGCCCAAUGGGUUCGCGUGGGCGGAGUGGGGUUCCGUCAAGUGCGCGUGAAGGAGCAGCGGUGCCGGGUUUAUGACGGAUGGGAGGCGCCGUGCUACCCGUACUAUAGCCCUGAGGUCGAGCAGAAGACCCCUUUGAUUGGUGAAAACGACACUGGACGCGUGUACGAGUGGAGGGAUGGCCUGGGCGAGCUGUCGCCAGAGAUUUAUCGAUCCGUGGUGGAAUGGUUGUUCUUCGCUCCCAUCAAGUCCUACGGCUCAGGAGGCUACGCCGUGGAUCUGUGCGAUUUGGAGGAUGUGAGCGAGCUCCAGCGUGACAACUAUCUCUCCGAGCACACUCGUGCUGCGGCUUUCAAGUUUAUCCUGCUGAACCCGAUCACCCGCGUGUUCACCAUUGGAAUGCACGUCUUCAAAGUGGAUCCGUCGGGCCAUCUGGAUCAUUUCGCUCACAGUUCGCACGUCCGUGUGAUCGGCCAUGAGAAGCCUGAGCAGUUUGCGAUCGGUGAAGAGGACGACAACAAGGCAGUUCCCCCGGAGCCCAGACUGCACAGCAGGGUUUUUAGUGCCGUUGGGGACUCGUUGUCGUUGGUGCGCGAGGCCUUUGAUGUGCGUGUACUGCUGUGGGUUGCGCUGGUCCUGUUCUUCAUCACAUACUGCAUCGGUGAAGCGACUGAGAUGAGUACUAUGGGCGUGGCCACGUACCUUGGAUCGGACAUGUGGAACCUGUUCGAGCUCACCCACUUGGUUGUACUGGCGGCGAUAUUGAGCUACAUGGUGCACUUCUACGUGGUGUCCAGCAGCUUCGGUCUGCACUUGGCGGAGUUGCGCGAGGGACGUGGUGUGGAGGAGCUCAGCCACACUAGCUCUCAGGAGUUACUGACGGGUUUCCAGCAGCUAUCGGACCUUGCCUCACUCGCGUCUGCUAUCAGCUUGCUCAAGGUGUUCAAGUUCUUGCGCAUGAACGCGACCCUGAACCUGCUGUGGCGAGUGCUGGGUAUGGCUAUGAGCGAUCUCAUGGGUUUCCUGGUUAUCUUCAACCUUAUUUUCCUGGGGUACUCGGCCAUGGGCAGCUAUGCCUUCGGGUUCGCUCUUGAGGAGUACUCGACCAUUAGCAAGUCGUACGGCACGUGCUUCCAGAUGCUCGCCGGAGAGAUGGACUAUGCGCGUCUGCGGCAGGCAAACCCGCGCGUCGCUCCGCUGUUUAUCGGCACGUUUGUGGUGCUGGUUUUCCAGAUUCUGGUCAAUAUGUUCGUUGCGAUUUUGUCCGAGUACUACGAAGUCGCGAAGAAUGACGAGACAGCCAGCGGUGAUGACGUCGAGUACGAUGUCCUGGCGCGCAUUCGCAGUUUCGUAAGCGCAUGUUCACCGACAGUCGUUGUGCCCAAGGACCACGGUGUUAUCCGUCUCAUUCCGUGGCAGCAAGUGCGGCUUAUCUCUACGAACCUCGUAGACCAGGAGGAGACUCGACAGCGUGUACGGAAGCUGUUCCGUGGUGCUGUGUGGCGAGUUGUCGCCCUGUUGCGAUUUGGCAUGAAGUUUGACCGGCGUAUCAACUUUGGCGACCGCAAGACUCACGACGGCAGUUCAGCGCACAGCGGUAAUGGUGGAGGUUCCAACAAUGGCAAGGAAGGCCGGGAGCUGGUGUCACACAUCCGGUUGUCUGAGAACUUUGACCACAAGACUAUCAAGGAGAUGAUCCCCAUCGGUAUCACAAUCCGCUUGCAGGGCGACUCGAUCCUUGGCGACGGUCUCGCGCUUAAGGUUGUUCACCACAGCAAGUUGUCAGUGGAGUGUGUUGUUCUUGGCCCCAAUGAAGCUGAGAGCGCUGCUGCUGGAGCAAAUGCCCCCGGAAAGUCGCCGAACGCUUUUGCUCCACCUCGCACGAUUUCAUCGUUGGGCUCGUUCGGAGAAGACUCGGACCUGGAUGACGGUACACCUCGAGAACGCGUGCUGGAGCUGAUGGGCGGUGAGAAGCUGCGGAUCCCAAGAAGGCGACUUGCGGUACACUUGUGCCGCACCAUGCUACAGGAGCUCAAGAUGGGCCUACUGCGUGCGACGAAGCUGUGGAACUACUCGAAGGACCACAUGGUGGAUGACUAUCACCUCGGCCUGCUCUUUGAUAGCGUUCGCGCGGAUGGACGCACGAGCCUGCGCUUUGACGAGAUCUCGCGUAUGCUGGACCUCUUCCUGCGCAAGGACAAGCGGAAGGCAAUGUGCUCACAAGCGGAAGUGCGUCGUGAAGCUCUUCAAGUGAUGUACCGCUUCCGCAAGUGUCUGAUUGACAUGCCUUCGCGUGAGAAGGAGGGCCACAACUACCGUCCGAAGCCAGUGGACACGUCCAAGGUGGAGCUGGGUCAUCUUGAACACCUUGGUGAUGUGCUGGCGCGCAACUGUCACGACAUGUGGGCUCUCGAGCGUCUCAAGCAAGGAUGGCAGUAUGGCAAGGAGCGGGAUGACAAGAAGAAGCUGCACCCGAACCUGGUGCCUUAUAAGCUUCUCUCCGUGGAAGAGCAGGCCUUCGACUACCGCUCGUCUAUUGAGACCAUCAAAACGAUCGUCUUUAUGAACUAUACGAUCACGCGUGCGAACCACCAGCGCUCACACAGCGGCUCGUUCCAUGAUCCCGUCUCGCGGUCAGCCUCGAUGAUGUCCGACAUCGCUGAUGGCAUUGGCGGAAGCAACAGUUCGCUCAUCAGUGGCAGCUCCGAGUCCACUAGCCCCCGCGCCAACGACGCCGCCGUCUUCGAAGAGUUGGGUACUGCCUCACACCCUGGAGCACCCGCGAAGCCUGUGCCAUCGCUGCUGCGCGAAGCGAUGAGCUUCCGUCGCAACAGUCUCAUGGGCGAUUCCCCGUACUUCACGACGUAUGGCGAGGGUAACGUCGAGGUGUACCGGCCUCUGCCUAUCGACACAACGACAGUAGAGCUGCCUCCGAGACUACUGCGGCUUGUGGAUCUGCUGGCCGAAAACGCCCACGAAGUCUGGGCAAAGGGACGCAUGGACGAGGGUUGGACCUAUGGACCGCUGCGUGAUGACAGCUCUAAGAAGCACCCGUGCCUUGUGCCCUAUGUGUUCCUCACGGACGACGAGAAGGAGUAUGACAUCAAUAUCGCUAAAGAGACGCUGAAGACCCUGAUCGCGAUGAAGUUCACGAUCCUCGACCGCUCGAGCAAGUACUAA